GCGGAGGAGGGAAGGAGGGAAGAGGAGAAGGGACCGGAGGAGGCCACCAUGCAGUCGUGGAGUCGAGUCAGGGUGGCCAAGUGCCAGCUGCUGGUCGCCAGCUCCUUUGUCUUGCUACUGGGCCUUUCUAUGGCCGCCACGGCAGCUGUCAACUACCUAGGGACACACUUUGCUGUCGUCGGCCGCGCAUCCUCAGACAGGACCCCCUAUGAGGCCACACGCCGCUGGGCCUUCUGCACCAGCAUCAGCCUGGCUGGGCUCCUGACCCUGGGCGCCGUGCUGGGUGCUGUAGCCACCGUGAGGGAGGCCGGAGGCCUCAUGGCUGGGGGCUUCCUGUGCUUUGCCCUGGCGUUCUGCAUCCUGGUGCAGGUGGCCUUCUGGAGAUUCCACAACCCUGCCCAGGUGGAGGAUGCUGUGUUAGACACCUACGAUCUGGUGUAUGACCAGGCAGUGAGGGGCUCGUCCAUCACCCUGCGGCAGCAGCUGGUGGCCAUUCAGGACACGUUCCUGUGCUGUGGGAAGAACUCUCCUUUCGGCCUCCUGGGGGGCACGGAGGUCAGUCUGUGUCCAGGAGAGGAGGCCACCAGACAGGACUGCUUGGUGGGGGUCAGGAGCUUCCUGAGGACCUACGGAAACAUCGCCUCCACCCUCACUGGCAUCGGCCUGGCCUCCACGGUGUAUGCCGUGCUGCUCAGCUCCUUUCUCUGGUUCGCCUUUCGCUCUGGCUGCAGCUUGGACCGCAGGGGCAAGUACACCCUAAGCCGGAGAGCCCGUGACUGCCGGCCCCAGGAGCCCAGCUUCUUCAGACGCUCCCCGGGGGGGUCCGCACUCCAGCACCCGAUGGAAGCGGACGUUCUCGAUGGCCGCCUGCGUGCGAGCAGACCCUCAGGGGGCCCUCAGUUCCUCCAGGACAGCUGACGCUGCUUCAACCACCUGUCCUGCCACCUGUCGGCCCACAGAGCCUGAGAGGGCCUGAACACGAGCCUUACGAGGAGGGUGCGACGUGUUUUCUGCCGCAGCACGGAGGCACGGGGAAGGAGAGGAGGAGGCCAGCUCUGUUUCAGCAGACAGGGGGACCGGGGUCACUCACUGACUCCUCGGGAACAGACUGGGAAGUGGUCGGAGCAGAGAAGCCAUGGGGCAGGUUUGGGCAGUCUGCUUAGUCUCACGAGGUCAGAGCCCAGGGCCGAGCCUGGCCGGGCGCCCCACUGGCCGCCGGCUCCGGGGGACCCUACUUCCAGGCUCAGUCCGGCUGCUGGCUGGACACAGGUCUGUGCGGCUGGAGGACCGAGGGCCCCCUCCUUGCCAGCCGUCAGCGGACCACCUCCGUUCCUUCUCAUGCAAGGCCUUCACGUCCGAGCCGGCGAGGCAGGCCCGUCCUCUUGUGCUGAGACCUCUGACUUCCCCUUGCCCCUGGCCGGGGAGCUCACUUGCAAGGGUUCCUGUGGCUGCAGAAGGCCCACUGGGAACCUCGUGUCUCUGGCAGAAACCCCACACUUCCGGUGGGGUGUUCAUAGGUGCCAGGGCCGAAGGCGAGACUUGUGGGGUGUGUGCAGGAGGGCUCCGUAGACGGUCCAGUUUCCAGGCUGCUCCCGCUGGACACCCAAGCUACCUCUCUCCGUUCUCUCCAACCGUCCCUGAGGGUGUUCACUCUCUGCUCGAAAUCGGAAGUCCCAGGUGGAACCCGGAUUGGCCCAGCCCAGGCCGAGGCCCCGGCAGAGCUGACCAAGGAGAGAGGAAUGUCAGGGCCGUUUAACCUCCUUCUGGGGAGGUCAGGCCUGCCGCCACCAAGACCAGCAAAGGAGGGUCCUCCAAAAGGGAAGAACCCUUUGUGACAGGACGGGCAGGCAAGACAGUGGACACGUGGCCACACCCCCCACCGUCCUCCUCUUGCGUUUCCCCUCGCACGCCCACGCACGCAUGCUUCCGGAGGCAAGCGUGUUCCCACCUCAUGUAUAGCCGGUGGCCCUCCUCCAGUGGAAGAGCUUGUCCCCAGGCGAGGACACCCCAGAGUCUCCUGGGUCUUGCAUUCAGGGACAGCGCAGGGUCUCCGGCCAUGUACAUUUGUCCUCUAGACCUGCUCUGGUCAGUCUGUCACUCUACAGCUUACAGAACAUAUUUUAUAAUUUUUCAAGUUUAUUUAUUUUUGAGAGAGAGAGCCGGGGACGGGCAGAGAGAGGGAGAGAGGGAGACUCCCAAACGGGUUCUGCCCUAGCAGUGCAGAGCCCGACACGGGGCUUGAACUCACAGACCGCGAGACCACGAUCUGAGCCGAAACAAAGAGCCGGACGUUCAACCACCUGAGCCCCCCCAGGUGCCCUGCAGAAUGUGUUUGAAAGAUCACAACCAGCGAGGUGUCCUCUGCACAGCAGUGGGGGAAAGAGGGAAAGAAGAUAAGGGGAUGUAGUUAAGCUCUACAAACACGGAACUCAGCAGGGAGGGAAUCUCCAGACGGUUAUUAAGAGAACAGCUGGGGCACCUGGGGGGCUUGUCCGUUAAGCGUCUGACUUUGGCUCAGGUCAUGAUCCCACCGUUUGGGGGUUUGAGCCCCACAUUGGGCUUUGUGCUGACAGCUCAGAGCCUGGAGCCCGCUUGGGAUUCUGGGUCUCCCUCUCUCUCUUCCCCUCCCCCACUUGUGCUCCGUCUCUCAAAAAUAAAUAAACAUAGAAAAAGAAAGAAAGAAAGAAAGAAAGAAAGAAAGAAAGAAAGAAAGAAGAGAAAA